AUGACGAGUCGUUCCGAACAAAGGCCCCCUCGAACCACUUGGUUCUAUGUCUUGCCCAAUGCUGUUCACAAGGAGACCUUUGUGAACCUGGCUAAUACUGGUCAUUCCCAGGUGCCGUGCCCCAGAACCUACGAGGGAUGCCACCUGCAUUCGGAGGCCAGCAACAACCUCAACAACCAGGUAGGGGGGUACCGAAUCGAUUACCAAAUGGGAAUAAAGGCUGAUAUUGCGUCUGGUCGCAAAGCAAACAACAGUGCUGGAUGGGCGUUUGGGAGCAACGUGCCAAUGGGUAGUGGUGCAGGUCUGCCAAACUCGAACAGACAACUGGGAGGAGGGAAUCUCAGCUUUGCUCAGAGCCUGAGUGGCUCGCAGCCGGCAACACCGCUUGACCUAACACACCGCACGAUGGUGGGCCCGACAUACGAGAUGGGAGACUCGUCGAUCAGCGACCCGAUGGCGUCAAAGCUGAAGCCGAAGAAGCCAAAGCUUGUCCACAAGAUCCAUCUCCAGUCAAGCGGCCCGGCGACGACGAUGGAUGCUACCAGCCGUCCGCCUUUCUCGUCCGUCGUCAAGGGAGACACAAACCUGCAAGCAGACGAGGAUACGGGAUUACCUCUGGAUACGCCUUCAGACACCCCCUCGGCUCUACUGCGACCUGGCCUGCCUUAUGCCUCCGCUCUGAGACGUAGCGAAUUUCCGGCACUGUCUAAUAACUCACAGCUUCCGAGUACGAACUCAUCUUCUCUGUGGUCAACUGGAGGGUCAAGAAACACGGGAGGCACGAUGCAGAGGAACCAGCCCCCGUCCCAACAGGGCCAACAAGAAGAUUUCUUCUCUUCUUCAUCGUCACGCCUCGGCUCGAAUCAGGGUGGUUUCCGCUUCGGUAACCAAAACAGCGUGCCUCAGCCCUCUCAACCUCAGCCCAACAGCAUCGACGAGUUCCCUCCCUUGAACAACAAUCCCAGAAACGGCAAUGGCGAGAUCGGCCAGGAGCGUGGAUCUUCGCUAAUGUCGACUUUGGGUUUCGGUGCUCAAGGCAGCGCCACACCUGGCUCCCUGCAACCCACUCGAUCUGGCAAUGGCCUGCUGAAUGCGUUGUCUGCCAACACGCGUUCAACAGAUGGUCACUCUCCAGAUACGCCCGCGGCCCCUGGCCUUCCGCGACCUCAAGAGCUAAGAAGCGCUGGUGGUCACGACGAGGCUCGUCAAAAACCACCCGGCUUCCGUGAGGGCAGCUUAGCUUCGCAAUCGUCCCCUCAAGAUCCGGCGCAAUUGUCCGAAGGUCGAAACCUGCUUGGUGAGAUUGGCGGCAUGAGCACCGACACCCCUUCAGGCAGAACGAAAGAUGAUCAGGAUACACAAUCUCCGUCGGUUCAUGAUCCGCUGGCUGGCAUGGCGCCUAUCGACAGAUGGGGUCUCAAGGGUCUUCGUACUUUGAUGAACAACUACCCGGAUUACAACGCAGCCGUCACGGGUAUUGAUCCCACCACUCUGGGAUUAGACCUCGCGUCUCCCGCGCCCAUCUCAACGCAGAUCUACAACCUGUUCAACGACGCGCCUCCUCGGCCGACGAUCCCGGAUUUUCGGCUCCCGGAUUGUUACAGUGUCACCAACGUGCAGCCUCUGGAGAACAAGAUCAACAAUUUCAACGAGGAAACCCUGAUGUGGAUCUUCUACAGCAACCCUGGCGACUUGAAGCAACAUCUGGCCGCGCACGAACUGUACAACCGAGCGUGGCGGUGGCACAAGAAGCUGAAGCUUUGGCUGACCAAGGAUGAUACCAUGCAACCUCGGUUUAUGAGUGGUGCGGCUGAGGAAGGCUACUACAUCGUCUGGAACACCACCGAGUGGCGCAAGGACAGACGUCACUUCGUGCUGCAUUACGCGGACCUCGAGUCCAACAACACGGGCGCGGCGAUAGGAUGA